AUAUGAAAUAGCCUAUAAAAACGAAAAGCAGAGAGGAAGUGAGCAUCCACAACAUCAUGGCUUCACUGAGCUUCACUUUAGCUAUGGCCACCACCCCCUCUUCUUCCCCAUUCUUUUCCAAACCAGCGAACCAACGUCAGUUGAUAAAGACACAUGCUAAGCAAACCCACCGCUUCCAAAUGUCAUGCAAUGUUCCAUCAGACGACCAUGAAAAACCAGUAGACAGAAGGAAUUUGCUCCUGGGGCUUGGUGGGCUCUACAGCGCCGUCAACUUGACGGGUCUCCCAUCCGCUUUUGCCGAUCCUAUCACGACUCCUUCUUUUAAUCCAAAUUGCAGGGACGCCGGAACGGGCUUCGAUGUCAAAAAAGGCCUUCUUAGAACUACUGCAUGUUGCCCUCCGGAGUCCAAGAAGGGUCCCGAGAAACAAUUCGAAUUCCCUAAACAUGACGAAAUACGCAUCAGAUAUCCCAUACACUGUGCCCCGGAAGGAUACAUGAAUAAAUUUAAGGAGGCGAUGAGGCUAAUGAGGGCUCUCCCAGAUGACGACCCUCGCAGUUUCAAGAACCAAGCCAAAAUUCAUUGCGCCUACUGCAAUGGCAGCUACACUCAAAUGGCUACAGGUUCCCAACAAGAACUCCUGAUUCACUUCAACUGGCUGUUUUUUCCCUUCCAUCGAUGGUACCUUUAUUUCUUCGAGAGGAUACUCGGAGAACUGAUUGGUGAUCCAACAUUCGGGUUACCAUACUGGAGCUGGGACGAGCGUGAGGGAAUGAAAAUUCCACCUACGUUCCGAGAAGGGGGAGAGUCUAACCCUUUAUAUGAUAUCUACCGGAAUAACAUUCGCAACUAUGAAGCUAUUGUCGAUCUUGACUUCAAUGGUAAAGAUCGCGAAGAUACGACUGACGACUAUCAGAUAAAAAUCAAUCAGCAUGCUAUGUAUCGCCAGAUGAUGAGAAAUGCCUUCGAUACAAAAAGCUUCUUUGGUGGUAAGUAUGUCGCUGGUAAUACACCCAUUGAUGCCAAAGACUCUUCAGUUGCAUCCAUAGAGGCCGGUUGUCAUACCGCGAUUCACAGAUGGGUGCGUGACCCUGGAAGUCCGAAUGGUGAAGACAUGGGUAAUUUCUACUCUGCCGGGUAUGAUCCUUUGUUCUAUGUCCACCAUUCCAAUGUCGACAGGAUGUGGGCACUUUGGAAAGAAAUGGGGGAAAGCAACCGCGACCCCAUACACCCAGACUGGUUAAACGCAUCAUAUGUGUUUUACGACGAGAAACAAAAUCCUGUUCGUGUCUACAAUAAACAAUGCGUGGAUAUGGAAAAGCUCAAAUACAAAUACCAUGGUCCAGAAAUCCCCAGCUGGGUCAAUUCUCGGCCGAAACCAAAGUGCAGCGCUUCGGAAAGAUCCCAAAUCGAUAUCACGUCAGCCACAAAAGAUGUGAAGAACCGAACCCUCACCAACGUAGAUACGUUUGUGUUAGUGAGGCCUGAAACUGCUAGAACAAGGACCGUGGAUGAAUCAGAAAUAGAGGUCUUGACGUUGAACAACAUUAGUUUCAACGGUAACAAAGCCGUCAAGUUUGACGUGCUUGUUAACGCUUGUAACAUUGACACAAACAAGUUCACCCCGGCUGAUAGCGAGUAUGCGGGUUCUUUUGCAACAGUUCCACAUAACCAUGACAUGAAAAUUAGUACUACGUUCAGGUUUCCCUUAAGAGAGCUGUUGAAAGAUAUUGGAGCUGAGGGAAAUACAGCAAUUCAAGUCACCAUUGUGACGCAAGAGAAAGAAACCGAGAAUAUCAGCAUUGGCGAGAUCAAGAUCGAGGAUUACUCUUUAGCCGAGAUCUCGAAGGCGUCACUUCCCACUGGGCUACAGGGUGCCGGAGCUAAUGUCGGCGUCGACGAUCUAACAGAAUAG